AUAAUUUUUUUGACCUAAAAGUCAGUGUAUGGAUUUGAAAGGAAAAAAGAAUGUCUAAAAUUGUAAAUAACAUAUUAAAGUCGGUUUUGAUUGAUUGACUUAAUAAAAAAAUAUUUUCUAAAACAAAUUAUUUUUUUGCGAAAAUUGUUUAAAAUAAAAAGAUUAUUUAAUAUACACUUAAAAUAAUUUAUUAUUUUUUUUUUAAAAUAACGUUUUGAUUUGAUCUCUUAAAAUAUUACAUUUUUUUUAAAAAAAAUAAAUUAAGAAUGAGAUGAAUUUCUUCGAUAUAAGAGCUCGAAAAUCUCCGACGAAGCAUCGAAAUCGGCUGAGUUCUUAAGGAAAAUGGCAUUUCCGGUGGCGAGAGCAGCGUCUCUUGCUCACAUAGCUAGAGAAUCUUCCAAUAUUCAUCGCCUUUCUCAAUUCUACAAAGAGAUGUUUGGAUUUGAAGAAAUCGAGAGUCCAGAUUUCGGUGCACUCAAGGUUAUUUGGUUAAAUCUUCCUUCUGCCUUUCAACUUCACCUCAUCGAAAGAGACCCUAAUUCCAAGCUUCCCGAAGGACCGUGCAGCGCCACGUCACCCGUUGCUGACCCUAGCCAUCUUCCUCGAGGUCACCACAUCUGUUUCUCUGUUCCCAUUUCCAAUUUCGACUCUCUCGUUCAUGCUCUCAAGGAAAAGGGCAUCCAGACUUUUGAGAAGACCCUUCCAAAUGGGAAGGUAAAGCAAGUCUUCUUCUUUGAUCCGGAUGGUAAUGGAUUGGAGAUUGCAAGUCGGGAAGAUUGAGUAAGAUCUAGCCUACAUACUGUAAUCAAAUGUAAUCUAGUGUACGGUUUUAAAUGGGGGGUUCAUAGCAGAGCCUUGUUCGACAAACUUAUAAUCAACGUGAAUAACCGUAUAUUUUAUUA